AGCGGGACAAGAAUCCAUAUUACGGUACUGUCGUGAAUUGCCCACGCACGCCCACCAUGGACGAAAGAGAAGAGGCUAGCAACGAGCCGCUCGACCUCGUACGCCUCUGCAUCGACGAGAUUGUCGUAGUAAAAUUACGCGGCGACCGCGAACUGAAGGGCCGCCUGCACGCGUACGACAGCCACUGCAACCUCGUUCUUGGAGACGUCGAAGAGACGAUAUAUGUCGCCGAGGAAGAGGACGAGGACCAGCCGCCGCGCGUGAGGACGGUGAAGAAGCAGUCUGAGAUGCUAUUCGUGCGAGGCGACUCGGUCGUGCUGAUCGCACCUCAGGAAGGAGUCGCGCAGUGAGCCAACUGCAUCCCUUCCUUUGGGAGCAGUUCGAAGAUCUUCGAGGCGGACGAUGUUGAACGGAGACGACAGCAUAGCGCCAUGAGAUACCCAGUCACAGCCAGGUGGAAUGAAACAACUGGAGGGCGAUGAAAGCAGUGCUAGAGGACGGAGGCCACUCAGCAGCCCAUGGCAGGCUCGACACAUAUUCAAGCACCGCCAAGACAUUCCCGAAAUAUUCAAGGUCGGGAAGGAUUAGCAUCAAAGAGCAAUAAACGACGUUAAACACCACAU